AAAAAAAAACAACGCCCACACGCUCGCGUUUUGAAUUAUGGGUAAAACAUGGCAGCGCCCUGUGUUUUACAACCACCUUGCUCUUGUUCCUGUUUAGUCCCUUGACAAGAACUCGGGUUGACCAGAAGACACUGAGUGAAACCUUCGACCGGGCGGAUAUCGUGAUUGAAAUCGUGCCUGAUACUCUUUAACAAUGUCGGAAAAUACCACAAAUGAGGAAGGCGGUGGAAAGACGCUCCCGCGAGCAAUGAUCAUUGAGAUGAUGACGAAGAAUUUUGACAGACUGCCUGAGGUGGACCAGAAGCUGUUCUUCUAUGGUCCCAUGUAUCUCGGAGGUAACGGUGCCCUUGCAGGACUGGUAGCCAACAGCUUGUACCGCAGAGCCCUGAAUGUCACGCAAGGGCGCCUCACAUCCAGCAUGCCCAUGGCUGUCCUCCCCUUCCUGACCACGUUCGCCUUGUACAACGCAGCGGUGUCUAAACCUUUACUGUCCGGAGACCUCAACUGCCCCACGUGUGCUCUGAUGCGGGGGGCGCUCAUCGGAGUGGUGGGCGGCGGGGUGUACCCCAUCCUGCUGGCCUUACCUGUGAACGUCGGCCUCGCCACCAGGUACGGGACAGCGCCGAUGCCAGAGAAGGGCAACACCAUGCGGUUUUGGAUGGAAAUCUCCAGACCGGUCCUGAGGAAAAUGCGGGCAGUGUUCGUGCUGCAGGCUCUCUUCGGGACAUACCUGAGCUCCAAACACUUUGAUAUUUACACGAAACUGGCCAAGAUGGCAUUCGCUCCAGAUCGCGAGGAGCUCAAAGACUGAAAUUUGCACUGUAAUAAACAUUUUCUUUCACAUGUUGUUGGUGUUCUUGCGUCAAGGGAAUGUCUGAUGUUUUAAAAUCACCCGUUGCUCCCCCAUUUUACUAUCCAUUGUGGUCGGGGACUGGGGAUUUUCAGGAAGAGACGACAGGUCAACAGUAACUGGUAUUCAUCAUCUGAAAGCUGGGAACCUUGGUAUUAACAACCGUCCUGAGAAAUCAGUCACUGAAGACACAUUUCACAUCUGUUACAGGCUCGACCCGAUCACCUUCAGACUCAGAUUACUUAAUUAUUCCAGCAGGUCCGAGAUUGUUUUAUUCAUUAACCAGCUGCUUUAUAGCCGACCUGCACUCCAGUUUGCAUUUGAUCCAUCAGCUGACGGUGCAGCUGCUGGGCAGAUCGGGUCAGGUGUUUUCUCUUUUGGGAAAGUGACAGCCUGGCCGGUGUCAGGGGUGUUGGGCUGGACAAGACAGGGGACGUCAGGUUAGUAGGUGGUCCUUCAGUCCGUCCUGGGACACAUGUCUGUUUACACCUCUGAUGUGAUGCGGACACAAGCGACCCAGGCCACCUCUGAGUGCGUCCUGAGGUCCGAUCACUCAGGACGCAUUGCUGCUGUUUACACCUGUACUCACAGGUGUCAGCUUGUAUCCGGAUUUCUCAGGAUGGAUGUUAAUACCAGGCGGGACCAGGGGCCCUGAGAUGCAGCUCAGUACUGUGUGCCAAGUUAUUCUGGUCAUAAAUCUGUAGUAAACAUUGUUUUGUUUUGUUUUUGUUUUAGGAGCCUGUUCAAAUUUUGAAAGUUAUUUGUCUAUCAAUUUAAAAUCCCAGACAGUAAUAAUGGUUUGCCACAACAUAUGAAUUCAUUCAAGCCAUCAAAUUGCCUUGUUUUUUUUUUUUUUUUUUUUUUUUUUCUGGUACCAAUCACACAAGGGAUCAACAUAUCUUCAUCAUAUCCGCUGCUUUAGAUCAGCUUGCAAUGUGGUCUCUUCCUUGUUCAACAGCUCAAAACUCAGUUAGUUUUCUUGCUGAUGCAGCAUUCUUCAGAUUUGACUGGACUGCAGAUGGGAUUCAUGCUUUGCCCGCUCAAUUUGAUUUUCAGUGUGUAUUCUACAGCAUUUUUGCCCACCCAUGCAAAUACUUUAAAAUGUUAACUUCCACAUGUGAUGACUCGCUUGUGUGACAAUAAAGAAUCAACCAGAAAUGUCA